AUGGAAUACAAUGUCCUGUCUUCACUUGCAUUAUGUAAACAAAAACGUCGAGGACGUUUAAAUGAAAAAAAUAGUAAAAGACGUGCGUUUACAAAUAUUCGGCGUAAUCUUCUUGAUACAACACAUUCUGAAGUGUGUGCUGUGUCGUCGAACACAUUAAAUACACUGGUUGACAAUAGUUUUAAAAAUUUAUCAUGUUCGAAUUCAAAUUAUGUGAAUUCCAAUCAUUGUCAAAUUUAUAAAUUACAAAAUUUACAUUCAUUUGAUAAUAUGCCUGAAUUGUCUUUUAAAGAAACAGCAUCGAAUGACAUACCCGAAUUGUCUUUUAAAGAAACAGCAUCGAAUGACAUACCCGAAUUGUCUUUUAAUGAAACAGCAUCUGAUAAUAUAAGUGAAGUGAGUAUUGAUGAACAAGAAAAUAAUGAAUCAGAUGAAUAUUUUGAUCUUUCUACGUUUUUCAAUCAUCCUGAUAUAUCAUUUCAUGAUUCAACGAAUGUUACGAAGGCUGAAUACUGUAGAAAUUUACUUACUUUAUUUCGUGAUGCAAAUGUUUUUGAAGACUUGUUUGUGAAGCGAUCAAUUUGUACAAAUUUUCAUCAAGAUCUAAAUUAUCAUAACGACAACGUUAGAUGUACUUUAACAGAAGAAAAAUUUCGUGCUGAUAUUUAUGAUAUCGAUGCUAAAAUAGCAUUUUCUCAUUUGAUUAAUCGUUUAUUUCCUGAAAUUACCCAGUACAAACAAGAAAUUGCAUUACAAUCAUUGAGUGAAUUCAAUGAUAUUCCAUUAUAUCAAACCAUCGAAAAAACUUUUCUAAAAGUCUAA